AUGUCUACCAUCAAGACUGUCGCCAUCGCCGGAGCCUCUGGCGAUCUCGGCUCCCACGUCUUCAAGAAGUUUGUCGCCAGCGAGUUCACCAUCCGAGUCCUUAAGCGCGCCGGCUCCGAGUCCACCUUUCCCGAGGGUACCGAUGUUGUCGAGGUCGACUACUCGUCCCUCGAGUCCCUCACCGCCGCCCUGAAGGGCCAGGAUGCCGUCGUCUCGACCCUCACAACCCUUGCCGCCGGUGCACAGGAGACCCUUGUCGAUGCUGCCGUAGCCGCUGGUGUCAAGCGCUUCAUCCCCUCCGAGUUUGGCUCCAACCUCGAUAUUCCCAGCGUCCGGGCGCUUCCUCUCUUUGGCGCCAAGGUCGCUAUCCAGGAGAAGCUCAAGGCCCUUGCCAAGGAGGGCAAGAUCUCAUAUACUUUCGUGUACAACUCGGUCUUCCUCGACUGGGGUCUGGCCCACAACUUUUUCGUCGACUUUUCCAAGUCUGAGGCCACUCUCAUCGACGGUGGCAACGCCGAGUUCAGCACCACCACCCUCUCCAGCGUCGCCGAUGCCGUCGUCGGCGUCGUGAGCCACCCCGAAGAGACCAAGAACCGCGUCGUCUACAUCCAAGACGCCGUCCUCACCCAGAAGAAGGUCCUCGAGCUCGCCCAGAAGGCCAACCCCGACAAGACAUGGACCGUCAAGGAGGCCAUCCUCGACGACCUCAUCAACACUGCCAACGAGCGACUCGCCAAGGGUCUGCUCGACUGGGAGACCUUUGGCGCUUACCUUUACCGCGCCAUCUAUGACCCCACCAGCGUGCCCAAGUUCCCCAAGCUGGACAACGAGCUGCUCGGUCUCAAGGGAAAGACUGAUGAGGAGGUUUAUGAGCUUAUCAAGGCUGCGGCUCAGUAA